AAACUGGGAGGCGGCUCCGGUGCGGACCUGGUAGAGCACAGGCGACAGCUCCGGAGCCAGUCUUCGUCCCCGUGGCCACCGAGGCUCAGAACCACCCAGCGACCCGGCGAGCGGCCUCAGGCCCCGCCAUGGGGAAGACCAACAGUAAGCUGGCCCCAGAGGUGCUGGAGGACCUGGUUCAGAACACAGAGUUCAGCGAGCAGGAAUUGAAGCAGUGGUACAAGGGCUUCCUGAAGGACUGUCCUAGCGGCAUCCUCAACCUGGAGGAGUUCCAGCAGCUCUACAUCAAGUUCUUCCCCUAUGGCGACGCCUCCAAGUUCGCGCAACACGCCUUCCGCACCUUCGAUAAGAACGGCGACGGAACCAUCGACUUCCGGGAGUUCAUCUGCGCCCUUUCGGUCACCUCCCGGGGCAGCUUCGAGCAGAAACUCAACUGGGCCUUUGAGAUGUACGACCUCGACGGCGACGGACGCAUCACGCGCCUGGAGAUGCUGGAGAUCAUCGAGGCUAUCUACAAGAUGGUGGGCACCGUGAUCAUGAUGCGCAUGAACCAGGACGGGCUCACUCCCCAGCAGCGUGUGGACAAGAUCUUCAAGAAGAUGGACCAGGAUAAGGAUGACCAGAUUACGCUGGAGGAGUUCAAAGAGGCGGCCAAGAGCGACCCAUCGAUUGUGCUGCUGCUGCAGUGUGACAUGCAGAAGUAGAGGCUGGUGAGGGGCAGGGCCCCUAGCCAGGAAGGGCAUGGCCACCUCCCUGCGAUGACCUCUCUGGCUGACCCUUCCCAGUGGGGAGGGGCAUUCUGGCUUCAAUCCCUGGCCCAUCAUUCCUCUGUCCAAACUCUUCCUCCCCUCAAGCAAGAUCCGUGAGGGACCACCUCACCCUGCAAAAGAGACAGGUCCUUCAUAUCCUGUCAUCUAGCCCCACCUCCAGGCUUGGCCCAGAACCAACAUUCAUUGGGCAUAGGGGAGUUGGCUGUUGCCCCGAGAGACAGGGUUAAGAAGGGGGCCAGGGUCCUGCUUUGAAGUCCUGUCAGUUCCUGGGAUUGAGCUUUAUAGGAUAUGGCCCCAUUGGCCCCAGGGAAAAGUCCACUUUGGAUCUGUCUUAUUUUAAGAACCCAGAACCCUUAGAGGCAGUCUUUGCCCUUUUCCUUCAACUCUGGCCCCAGCCUUUGGGGUGUUCAUUUGAUCCUUUGGUCAGCUAGUGUAUAAUGAGCACUUGUU